AUGCCAGGGAGAACCAGGAGGUGUCUCAGAUGUGGGACUUGUUUAUCACUCAAACCUGCCCACCGGGGUCUCCCCCCUCCCCCACCUCCUCAGCAGCCUGGUUUGGUUGUUGUUUUUUUUUCCCCCUUCCUUCCCUUUCCCCGUCUCUCGCUGCUCUGAGAGGCAGCAGGAGCGGUGGCAGCUCCUGCAGCGGCAGCCCGAGCUCGGCCGCAGCCGAGGCAGGCAGGGCGCGGCGGGGAGGGGGCUCCGCCAUGGCAGCUCCCGCCCCCCAGCCCCUGCGCUGUAGCGUGAAGCUGCUCUUCCUGGGCGACGAGCAGCUCCGCGGGGGGCUGCCGGUCGCCAGCCCCGGCCAGCGAGCCCUCCAGGUGGCGCUGCAGCCGGGAGAGGAAGAGGCAGACGUGACUGUGACAGACGCUGAUGGAGUCUGUGUGUUUAAAUGCUUGGUUAACAGAGACACUGAAUACUGUCGUGUGGGAAAAGAGUCUGUUCUAAUUACUAUGGGGUACAACAGUGCCUUGCUACAAUUCAAGUCACAUGCUGAAUACAGCACAUUUUCAAAUGCACUGAAGAGGUGCCAAAAUCGAAAGAAAGAAAACUCAGUGUUCAGUCAGCGAACAGAUGAGGCAUCUGCUGCUCAGUAUUUUCAGUUUUAUGGCUGUCUAUCUCAACAACAGAAUAUGAUGCAGGAUUUUGUGAGGACGGCCACAUAUCACAGAGCUAUACUACAGAACCACAUAGAUUUUAAAGACAAGGUUGUCCUAGAUGUUGGCUGUGGAUCAGGAAUCCUUUCAUUUUUUGCAGUGCAGGCUGGAGCAAAAAAAGUCUAUGCAGUUGAAGCGAGCUCAGUGGCAAAAUAUGCUGAGAUAUUAGUGAAAAGUAACAACCUUUCUGAUAAGAUCACGGUUUUAUCAGGAAAAAUUGAGGAAAUCUCCCUACCUGAGAAUGUUGACGUGGUUAUUUCUGAACCAAUGGGUUACAUGUUGUUCAAUGAGAGGAUGCUGGAAAGUUACCUCCAUUCCAAAAAAUGGUUGAAGUCGAAUGGAAUGAUGUUUCCAACAUUUAGUGACAUUCAUUUGGCUCCUUUUUCUGAUGAGCAGCUCUACAUGGAACACUACUCCAGAGCAAAUUUUUGGUACCAGCAGUGUUUUUAUGGGGUCAAUCUGUCCAGUCUCCGCAGUGCAGCUGUGGAUGAAUACUUCAGACAACCUAUUGUUGACACUUUUGACAUUAGAAUUUUGAUGGCACGGACAGUGAAGUACACUGUUAAUUUUAUGGAUGCUGUGGAAGAAGAUUUGCACAGAGUGGAAAUCCCCUUCAUUUUCCAGAUGAUGCAGUCUGGACUAAUCCAUGGCCUGGCUUUUUGGUUUGAUGUGGCAUUUGUGGGAUCGCUGGUAACUGUUUGGUUGUCAACUGCUCCAACAGAGCCUCUAACCCAUUGGUAUCAAGUACGCUGUCUUCUUCAGACUCCUCUCUUUGCCAAAGAAGGGGAAACUCUCUCAGGGAAAGUCUUGUUUGUAGCCAAUAAACGACAGAGCUAUGACAUUCAGAUUGUAGCUGUGGUGGACCAGACAGGCUUUAAAUCCGGUAAUAUCCUUGAUUUAAAGAAUCCGUUUUUUAGGUAUGCCUAGUUGAAUAUAUUGUAUGGCAACUGAGAAACAGAAACAAGAUUCUCAACACCAAAUAACCAAUGACACUAAAAACCUAUUCUGAAUAGUUAUUACCAGACUGGCUGGUCCUUAUGUAAAAUUAGAUUUUGUAACUGUACAUAUCUGUAAUAAAAAUUUUUAUGCAA